AUGACCCAGCAAGUAUUGUCUGUUUCCCGUGCCUCUCACUAUAGCCAUCAGGGACCACUUCUACUAAUAAUCAGAGGUGGCAGCCAUCUCCUCCUCGGCAUCUUGGCCGCCCUCAGACCCCUCGUGAAGCCCAAGAUCGUCAAAAAGAGAACCAAGAAGUUCAUCUGGCACCAGUCAGACCGUUAUGUCAAAAUUAAGCGUAACUGGUGGAAACCCAGAGGUGUUGACAACAGGGUUCGUAGAAGAUUCAGGGUCCAGAUCUUGAUGCCCAACAUUGAUUAUGGGAGCAACAAAAAAACAAAGCACAUGCUGCCCAGUGGCUUCCGGAAGUUCCUGGUCCACAACGUCAAGGAGCUGGAAGUGCAACAAUCGUACUGUGCCGGGAUCGCUCACAAUGUUUCCUCCAAGAACUGCAAAGCCAUCGUGGAAAGAGCUGCCCAACUGGCCAUCAGAGUCAUCAACCCCAAUGCCAGGCUGCGCAGCAAAGAAAAUGAGUAGACAGCUCAUGUGCAUGUUUUCUGUUUAAAUAAAUACUCCUGAAACAGACUACUCUUUGCCUUUUUGCUGCAGUUGGAGAAGAAACUGAAUUUGAAAAAUGUCUGUUAUGCAAUGCUGGAGACAUGGUGAAAUAGGCCAAAGAUUUCUUCUUCGCUCAAGAUGAAUUCUGUUCACAGUGGAGUAUGGUGUUCGGCAAAAGGACCUCCACCAAGACUGAAAGAAACUAAUUUAUUUCUGUUUCUGUGGAGUUUACAUUAUUUCUACUGCUUACACUUUAGAAUGUUUAUUUUAUGGGGACUAAGGGAUUAAAAGAGUGUGAACUAAAAGGUAACAUUUUCCACUCUCAAGUUUUCUACUUUGUCUUUGAACUGAAAAUAAACAUGGAUCUAGAAAACCAA